CCUCUGCUCAGCCACUCCUGGAAUCUCAUCCUCCCCCACGCUUCAUUCAACGACCGGUCGUCUCUUCCGUUCUCCGUAGCUUCCCGGAUUAUUUUCUCGGCGGGAAAAUUCCGCCUCCCGCCCCUCGUUUUUUUCUCUCUGGAGAGAAAAUUCUCGGCGCCGGGAAAAUUUAAAGAAAAAGCGUUGUCGGCUUUGCGCAGUUCCCGCGAUUCGAGUUCGAGAAUCGAGACCCCUGUUCUGCGUUCCUACAGUUUCCCAUUCCCCUGUUUAACGUAAAAAGAAAAAGUGGGUGGCGAUGCUCUGGGUCAAGCUCUGAUCUUUCUUUCGUUACGUCUCCCUUCUGCAGUUGAAAUGGCGUGGCGAGGGAUUCGGGGUGGUGCCCUUUGAUUUGGGGAGGGAGAUAAGGUGUUUUGGCGAAUUGGGUCGGAGAGAUUUUGCUUAGAAAGAAGCGGGGUGGAGGGUUGGUGGAAAAUUCAAGAAGAUGCCUUUGACUCAGCGGAAGAAAGGUGCGGAGGCUGAUAAGGCCGCCAGUGAUAAGGCCGCCAGCUCCGAGGAGAAGAUCGUUCAGGACGGGAGCGAGGACGAGGAUAGGAAGAAGAAGGAAUCGCCGGCGGGGAAGAAGAAGAAGAAGGAGCGCGGCGGGGAGAAGGGCAAGUGGUCGUGCUUGGACAGCUGCUGCUGGUUCGUGGGUUGCGUCUGCACGGUCUGGUGGCUGCUGCUGUUCCUGUACAACGCGAUGCCAUCGUCGUUCCCGCAGUACGUGACCGAGGCGAUCACGGGGCCGCUCCCGGACCCGCCGGGCGUGAAGCUGAAGAAGGAAGGGCUGACGGCGAAGCACCCGGUGGUGUUCGUGCCGGGGAUCGUGACGGGCGGACUCGAGCUGUGGGAAGGGCACGAGUGCGCGGAGGGGCUGUUUAGGAAACGUUUGUGGGGCGGCACGUUUGGGGAAGCGUACAAGAGGCCUCUAUGCUGGGUAGAGCACAUGUCUUUGGACAAUGAAACUGGAUUGGAUCCUCCUGGUAUAAGACUCCGUCCAGUGACUGGACUUGUUGCUGCUGACUACUUCAUGCCUGGCUACUUUGUCUGGGCCGUUCUGAUUGCUAACUUAGCUCGGAUAGGAUAUGAAGAGAAGACUAUGUAUAUGGCUGCUUAUGAUUGGAGACUCUCGUUCCAAAACACAGAGGUGAGGGAUCAAACACUGAGCCGAAUAAAAAGUCACAUAGAAAUGAUGGUGGCCACUAAUGGAGGUAAAAAAGCUGUUGUAAUCCCUCAUUCAAUGGGUGUUUUGUACUUUCUGCACUUCAUGAAAUGGGUUGAGGCACCAGCUCCAAUGGGUGGAGGCGGAGGACCUGAUUGGUGUUCUAAGCAUAUAAAAGCAAUCAUGAAUAUUGGUGGACCAUUUCUGGGAGUUCCAAAGGCUGUUUCUGGGCUUUUCUCUGCUGAAGCAAAGGAUAUUGCAGUUGCCAGGGCAAUUGCACCAGGUUUCCUGGGCAAUGAUAUAUUUCGCGUCCAAACUCUGCAGCGUGUAAUGAAAAUGAGCCGCACGUGGGACUCAACCAUGUCAAUGAUCCCAAAGGGUGGGGAGACAAUUUGGGGUGGUCUUGAUUGGUCACCUGAGGAAGGAUAUCUUCCUAGCAAGAGAAGGCAAAUAAUGAAUGACUCACAGGUUUCAAGUGAAAGUGGCACCAACAGUUCCAGUUCUCGAGCAAGAGUUAAUUAUGGAAGGAUCAUAUCAUUUGGUAAAGAUGCAGCAGAGUCUCCGAGUUCUGAGAUCGAGAUGAUUGACUUUAGGGAUGCUGUUAAAGGCCGGAAUCUUGCCAAUACAACCUGCCGUGAUGUGUGGACUGAGUACCAUGACAUGGGAAUUGAGGGGAUCAGAGCUGUAGCUGAACAUAGAGUGUACACCGCCGAAACAGUUUUAGAUCUACUUCAAUUUGUUGCUCCAAAGAUGAUGGCACGUGGUAGUGCUCAUUUUUCAUAUGGAAUUGCUGAUGAUUUGGAUGACCCAAAGUACGAGCACUACAAAUAUUGGUCAAACCCUUUGGAAACGAAAUUACCAAGUGCCUCGGAUAUUGAAAUCUUCUCCAUGUAUGGAGUUGGCAUACCGACUGAAAGAGCUUACAUUUACAAGAUGUCUCCCUCUGCCGAGUGUUUCAUUCCCUUUCAGAUUGAUACUUCAUUCGAAGGUGAAGAUGAAGAUAGCUGUCUGAAGGAUGGCGUGUUCACUGUUGAGGGGGAUGAAACUGUGCCUGUGCUAAGUGCAGGCUUCAUGUGUGCUAAAGGUUGGCGUGGUAAGACCAGAUUCAAUCCCUCGGGAAUUCGCACUUAUGUGAGGGAGUAUGAUCAUGCUCCUCCAGCAAAUUUAUUAGAGGGUCGGGGAACUCAAAGUGGUUCGCAUGUAGAUGUAAUGGGAAAUUUUGCAUUAAUAGAGGACAUUAUAAGGGUAGCUGCUGGAGCUACUGGAGAAGACUUGGGAGGUGAUCAAGUCUACUCUGACAUUUUUAAGUGGUCCGAGAAGAUCAAUUUAGCACUAUGAUUUUAUGUGGUUUCUGGAGAUCGUCUGCUUGGGGAAAGGUACAGAAGCAUCAACUGAAGCAUCUCUUUUGCCAUCUCGAGAAAUGAAGACUUUCCGAAUGCUAUGACUGAAGUCAAAAUGUAAACCGCCUUGCUUCUACAGAUGCCCUUCAACAUGCAUAUCAUGAGUAGCUGACGCCUCCCCCUUUGUAGUAGUAUCUGUAUACUAUUUCACGGCAAGCGGACCAAUAUCUCAUUCAAGGUUGCAGGCAAUAAUUAUUUUCGCAACCAAAUUUAGCAGUGUGCAACUCGACACACAUGAUAUAUCAUCGAUUCAUAAAGUCUUGCUUCUUCCCUUUGUAUUCUGCCUUUGUAACGUCAUCAUAGGAACUUUCGAAGCACCUUAAUCCGGCGCAUUCAAUAGCAUGAAGUGGUUUCUCAGAAUGGCCAUGUGAAGUCUGUUCAAGGGUAGACAUUCAUAUCACAGGUUGCUUGGUCAGUUGCUCAGUCUCCUCAAAAUCCAAGCAUGCAUGCAAUGUGUGGCAAAAGAAACAGGAAAGCUUAUAUCACAUGGACAAUGAGGUUGAAUGUACACCCAUCAUUUCAAUAUGGAAAGAAUUUAGUAC